GCAGCUAGAUUUGCACUGUCACUGUUUGUUAAUGAUUGGCUCCCUGCCUGUUAGUUUUAUAUUUAAAAGGUGUGGAAAACUCCACUUCAGGAGGAGGGUGAAGUUAAAUGCUGGCAAUAGCGCAGAGUGCAAAGUGCAGAACAAGUCUGAACAGAAAAGCGUUUUAACGAAGUCUUCAGCAAGAAGGUUAGAAGAUGCAGAACAAAGGAGAAGAUAUAUAGAAAUUACAUGAUACUAAAAGGCAGGGAAUGAAACUGCGCCAAACAAGAGACUGAAGGGCAAUAAACCGGAACUUUGCUCAACAAGGGAAGGUUGUUCUGCAGCAGAGGUCAGAGAAAAUACUUUGAAAACAGAACAGCAAGAGAAGAGUGGAAAAAAUACCUCCAUGGCAUACCAGCUGUUCGAAGGGAAGAAUCAUGCUUCUGUCUACCAAAAGUAUCGCUUUUUACCUCCAACUGAGCUCAAAAACAUUAUUAUCCAGUACUUAGAUAAAAAGAAAGGCCAGCCACAUGUGCUGGCAGUGGAUCUGGGAUGUGGAACAGGUCAGCAUUCUCGACUUCUGGCACCGCACUUCAAAGAAGUGGUGGGAAUGGACGUCAGUGAGUGUCAGGUGGAGGAGGCCAGAGCAGUGCCAGGGUUCCCCAACGUCACAUACAGAAAGGGGACAGCGGAGGAGCUUCCUUUUCCCAAUGCCUCUGUAGAUCUGUUGACAGCAGCCUCAGCAGCCCACUGGUUUGAUCAGUCAAAGUUCCUGGCUGAAGCAAGUCGGGUCUUGAAACCCGGAGGCUGCAUUGCUCUGCUGGGCUUCAGUGAUUCAAAAACCAAACUCAAAUACCAGAACUGUGGAGAAAAACUCAACCACAUCUAUAAAGAGGUAAACCAGGUGCUGUUGCCAUACACAAGCGAAAGAGUAGCUCUAGCCGAGAAUAAGCUGGAAAAGCUGUACUCUGCCAUCCCCUUUCCAGACAAAGAGAGGAUUGAUUGUUUUCAGGCAAAGUAUGUGAGAUCAGUGAGGACUCUGGUGGGAUUCAUUGAGAGUUGGUCCAUGUUCCAAACCUACAAGUCAAAAGACCCCAAACGUGCUGAAGAACUGCUGGUCAACACUCAGAAAAGGCUUCUGGAGCAGAUGGGAGUCACAUCUCCAGAUACUGAAAUAGAGCAGGAACUGGAAUUUUACUGUGUCCUGGCAUCCAAACCACAAUGAUCAACACUAAAGCACUGGAUGUAUGUUUCUGGAGACAGAGAGGAUGUGUGUGUUUCAGAGAUGCUUCAAUUUACAAUUUAUAAAGAAUCUAUGCUUUAUGCAUUAAGGAGUGUGUUUGUUAAAUAAACCAUCGUUCCCUCAGUAUACAACUCCUUCUGUAUUCUACAAGGUUUCUCCAACACAAAGUAUGUUUCAUUUUGCAGUGAAAUAACUUCUCAAACUAUUUCCCACUCCACAGCUGAUCCCUUUGAUGCUCACUGAGAUAUUACAUAACUGGCAACAAAAUCUUUUGAAAUUUAAUGUGCCUACCACUGUUCACAGAUGGGGUGCUUGGAUACUUCUGUAUAAAUGAAAUCAUUCUUUUUUAGCCAAGCUUUUGAAAACAUGGCACUGCAGGUGGCCUUUUUAAAAAAACAUUAUUAUAACUACUUCAAUACCGCUUCUUUAAUCUUUAUUCAGAGAAUUUUUGGCCAUGAAUCCAUUGGGUUCAUGGUCUCUAUGUGCAUCCUUUACAUAUGUACUGAAGUACAGAACUGGGUGAUCUCUCAUUAAAAAACCAAAAAAAACAGGAUCAAGUGGUGUGUAAGGUUCCUUCACAUGAGAGAAAACAUGAUGUUGUGAUGAGUACAUUUUCAAUAUUCAAAACGCUACAGGUGCACUGUGUAGGAUUAAGACAAUAUGAAGUACACCUCUAGUGAAUAUACUGCACCCUAUUCGAUUAGAUGCGAUUGGAUGAGUUGACUGGCCAUUGUAGUAUAAAAUAAUGUAUCUCUUAUGAUUGUGAAAAUAAAAUCUUAAAGACAUUCCAUUGUUGUGUAACUAGCAUUUAACUGACUUUGUGAAGGUGAAGCAUUGGAGCACUGAACUCCAGCAUUAACAGCCGCUGCUGGCGUUCUGUACCUCAAGUAGUGUUUUUUUUUUCUGAUUAUCCUUCGCCGUGUUGGUGUUCUGUGCAGGAUAGUUAUGGUCUGUAAACUUCUGUUAAUUGUCGCCUAUCGGCGUUCUGUGCAUUAGUGUAUUUUUACUGACCAAUUCUGUUGUGUUGGCGUUUUGGUGUCAGACUUAAUAGGUUUAAUUCUGUGGUUCUUCGCCACAUGGGCGUUCAGUAAUACUCCGCCGCUUUGGCGUAUUCAGUUCAGACUCUCAGCUACGUGAUUGUUUUUGUGAUAGCCCCUGGAUCCAGCUUUCCUAGCUUUGUGUUACUUAGCCCUGGUUAGCUUUCCUGAGUUUUUUUUUUUUUUUUUAGUUUGAGUUGUCUUUAGUGUAGUAGUCAGAAUCCUAGUGUCUCUUAGUUUAUUUUUCUCCACCCUGCCCUCGAGCGUUCAGUUUUGGUUUGACCCGUCCCUAGUUCCUUCUCCUUUCCCUCUCUCGCUUCAGUAUUGUGCUUUGGUUGGUUCUUGUAAUAAACCUUAUUUCUGCA